UUAAUCAGCUCAGCAAUUGUCUCUUCCUUCAAUUGAAUCGUCUCAGUCUGUGAUCUUCUCCUAUCAACCCAUCCAAUGUCUUCUCUCAACAAAGUUAUCGUUUUCGGUGCCCACGGAAAGAUCGGCCAGCACCUCAUCAAGCUCUUUGCCCAGAAGGCAUCUCCAUACACCGCCACUGCUGUGAUUAGAAACGAAGAGCAGGCCAAAAGAAUUGCAGAAAUCUCCCAGAAUUCUUCCAACAUCACGACCACCUCGUUGUCGUUGAGCGACGCUACUGCUGAAGAGCUCUCGAAGGCCAUCGAGGGCCACGACGUGGUGGUGUUCACUGCAGGAUCUGGUGGCAAAAACGUCAUCCAGGUGGACUUGGACGGAGCUGUCAAGACCUUCGAAGCCUCUGUAUUGGCUAAAACCAGAAGAUACGUUCUUAUCAGUGCUUUGAACGCUGACAAGAGAAACGUUUUCUCCCAGACUGCCAUCAGAGAUUACUACAUUGCAAAGCACUAUGCUGACAGAAUCCUUGCGGACGAAUACAGCGACAGCUUGGACUACACCAUCUUGCAGCCUGGAGCCCUUCUUGACUCGGAAGCCACUGGAAAGAUCCACGUCUUCCCCAAGUCCGACAAGGGUGAGACUGGAGCCAUUCCUAGAGCCGACGUUGCAGACGUCAUUUACCAAACCAUAGGCAAGAAGAGCACCUAUGGCAAGACCAUUGGUUUCGUUGGUGGCGACAACGACAUUUCUUCUGCCUUGGAGUAGUCAAUAAGUAAUACGUAAAUGAACUAAGUAACCAAUGAGAAUAAUUUAUGUAGUGAAGAUAGAUCUGUCUCCAAAAAGAUACAGUCAGCAUUGUUCUUUCC